AUGUCCAAGAGUAUCAAAGCUCUGAGCUUCAAAGGCAAAGAAGACUGGAAUACGUCCAUUUUCAGUUUUUCACGUAAUAUUCGCAAUAACUUUCUUUGGGAAAAGGAUACAGCUGCUCAAAAGGCCCUCAAGCACUUGUUUCAACAUUGUUUAUCAUCCACCCCUGCCUUCAAACAUACGCCAUCUCGAGUGACAAUUCAACUUUACUACUACGCAGAUCCUUCCAUCCCAUUAGAACAGAUCAAACUCGAACCUUUGGAAAAAUUACUCAGUACUUUCUACCCCGGAAAAUUUGUAGACAUGCGCCUUGUCAGACUUCACUACCCUUAUAUGAACUCUGAAGUGUUAGCACAAUAUAUUGCAUUGAACGCAGAACGUAUUGGCUGGUCUCAGUUGGCACGUAAAUUAUUCCAAGACUUGCCUAUUGUGAAAGCACCCCUUCAUAACAAUAUGCCUGCCGGUGUACAGUGGCAAAAUUUGUUACCUCACGUAUCCAAUGGGCAACUCACCUCAGGUAUUGCAGGCAUCAAAUUCCAAGCAUCCGGUCGUUUAGGUCGUAAAGCAGCAGGAGGCCGAUCACAGAUUCUGCGAAAAUCAGUAGGAACAUUCAGAUUCACGACACAUAAAUCUUUGAUUGAUGCAGGUCGACAUACAUUUACAAACAGAAAUGGUAGAAUUACAGUCAAAGUCUGGGUUUCUACUGCUUUGUUUGGCGUUAAUGCGUUAGCCAAUAAAUUGGGUAGAAAGGCUGUUCAAACAGUAACAGCUGGCGCAUCAAAAAUUUAG